AGGAAAGAAAAAUAUAUUCUUCCCGUUCUCUCUUUCGGGAAAAAUCGAGGCAAAUUUCGAAAUGUUGUUCCCGAAAGUCAUUGCGAGUGGAAGUCGGCGCGCGCAGCGCAACGAUGGCGCUGGCGGCAGUGACGGUGACAACGUGCGCCAUUUUGUUCGCUCGUUGCAUCGCAAACAGGCGAGGUACAGCGUGCAGCAGAGGGACAGUCAUUUUACACGGAGGGAAGGAAUAGCCGCUUUUGUAGGAAAGCCGCGAUUCGCCUUGGACGCACCUCGUCCUUCGCUUCUUUCUCUUUCUCCUCUUCCUUCUCCUCCCCCGUCCCGCGUAUAAUUUCUUUUCUCUUGUUCAUCGUCGAGCUGCGGUGCAAGCAGCAAGCCAGCGUUGAUGAUUGGGAUUCCGCGGGACGAUCGACAUAAAAUCACGGUCAAGAUCCGCAACAACAUGAAGAGGAGCUCGAGUCGCGACACUCCGCCUCCUCGUGUCAAGCGGAGUCGAUCCUCCAUGGGACGAUACGAUGAUUCUAGCGACGAGCGUAUCAGUCCAGAAAGAAUUAGACGGCGAAGUCGAGGGGCCAGAAGCCCGAGUCCACCCACACGGGCGUCCUCUCACGCACGCUAUGUUGAAUCCAGCUCACAUCGUGACGAGUAUCUACGUCCAUCGCGAGACAUGCCGCGGGAGCGACCGUACAGCUACAAGGUGCUCUGCGUCAGCGCCAUCCAUCCAAAGGCCAGCGAUGAGGUGAUCAAAGACACUUUAUACAGGGAGUACAAGAAGUUUGGGGAGUUCUCCAUUCAGAUUUCACACGAACCGGAUGAGCGCGUCGCGUAUGUAUGCUUUCGGAACUCGGAGGACGCCCGGGAUGCCAAACACGCGAAACCGCGUAUCAUCAUGUACGACAAAAUGACUCUGGUAGAGCCAGUCUACGACAGACCCGAGACUUAUCGUCGUCCAAGAUCGAUUACGCCGCCGGAUUAUGAGAGAUACUACGCUCGAUCGCCGGGACCUACAGAUCGACACAGACCACUCGAGAGAUACGAACGUGUGUACGGUCCACCGGUGGGUUUGCCUCCUCAUCGCGAGAUGCGCCGCGAGGCAAUCCCACCACCGCAUCACGAAUUUGUCCGACCACCCAUACAUCCUCAUGGGCCACCACAUGUUCAUCCAGGACCGCCCAAUCACUACGGAGGACCACCGCGACACAUAAUGAUGCGUCAUCCAAAUCUCGAGAUCAACAUUACAGAGGAGGAGUUACGUCGCAUCUUCAGCAAAUAUGGCAUUGUUGAUGAUAUUGACAUAAAGCGACCACCGCCUGGCACUGGUAACGCAUAUGCCUUUGUACGCUUCCAGACUCUAGAUAUGGCACAUCGAUGCAAAGUAGAACUGUCAGGUCAAUAUAUUGGUAAAUUCCAAUGCAAGAUCGGUUAUGGAAAAGCAACUCCGACAACCAGAAUAUGGGUGGGUGGUCUUGGACCCUGGACGUCCGUACCACAGCUUGAACGAGAAUUCGAUCGAUUCGGCGCGAUCAAAAAGAUCGAUUACAUCAAGGGCGACAGCAACGCCUAUAUACUUUACGAUUCGAUUGAUGCCGCGCAAGCCGCAGUUAAAGAAAUGCGCGGCUUCCCUCUGGGCGGUCCCGAUCGCAGAUUAAGGGUGGACUUUGCCGACGUGACGCCGGGCUUUGGUUUCAAGCCCAGAUCGUAUCCCGAGGACAGCGGCGACUUUAGACCACGUCCAGUUGACUACGAAUCGCCAUAUGAUCCCUAUGGACCUGAUGGCGAGUUCGGUUACGGGCCGAGAGGCUUCCGGGGCAGAGGCAACGCACCGUGGCACGACAGGAGAGGAAGCGCUCGAGGUGGCUAUAGAGGCUCCUACCCUGACGGCUACGUACGAGACGAGGCCGACUGGCCCAGUAGGAGGCCACCGCCCGAAUUGGAGUACGAAACGCCGCGUGGUCUGAGGAGAUCGCUUUCGCGUGAACCAGGAGUGGAUAGAUCGAGAUCGCGUUCACCACGUAGGCGACAGAUGGACUCGGAUUCGGAUUCGGAGAACACUCGUACCGGAAUGUUGUCGACAUCUCGUACAUUGCCGGAUGUAGCACGUAAAUCCAUCGCGGUUUGGCAAGGCGCGUUGAUAUUAAAAAAUUCACUAUUUCCAGCCAAAUUCCAUCUGACUGAUGGCGAAACGGAAAUAAUCGAUUCUCUCAUGAAGGAUGAAGAAGGUAAACACAUGUUGCGUAUAACGCAGCGAUUGCGCCUUGAUCAGCCAAAGCUAGACGAUGUUUCCAAACGAAUCCAAACAUCGAGUUCGCAUGCAAUCUUCCUCGGUUUGGCUGGUUCGAGCACCGCGAUUACGAACGACGAUGCCAAUGUGCAGACUAGGCCAUUGCGCAAUCUUGUCUCUUACCUGAAGCAAAAGGAAGCCGCCGGUGUCAUAUCGUUGCUAAAUAAGGAUACGGAAGGCACUGGCGUGCUCUAUGCCUUCCCACCCUGUGCAUUUUCGACGGAACUUUUGAAACGCACGUGUCCUAGUUUAAGCGAAGAGAGUCUUAAGGAAGAUCACUUGGUAAUCGUAGUGGUUAAGGGGGUAGCGCCUAAAGCAAUCCUAGUAUAUUGUUUUGUGUCUGUAUUUUCUAUAUCAUAAGUGCGAAAAUUCUUCAACACUACUUUUAAGAGAUAUUUCUAUCCUGAUUGUUUGACAACGAGACAUUUCUUUUCAUGUGGAUUGAACGGAGAGUACGAUAUUUUAUAUCUGAAAAGCUGUAAAAUGAGGGAAAAAUUUUCCGUUUCUUUAUGUCUUUCACACAAAACAUUUGCCAUCGCGAAUCUUUGCAUUUUAGAUGGUGUACAGCACAAUUUCUGAAAUGAAGAGAUUCAUGGUGGUAAGUAUUUUGUAUAUGAAAAGUAUAAAGAAAUUAAAUUUUUUUUUCAUUUUACAGUUUUACAAUUGCAAGAUUAUAUAAAUAAAUAAUUAUGUUUUUAAUAUUAAAAUGUCGUUCUUUUCAUCCAAUCAAUUUUCGAGAAUAUGUUUCUUUAUCAAACAAGCAUGAUGGAGAAGCCUCUUAAGAUUGCUGAACAGUAUACAGAACUUGUCAGAAGGAGAACUUGUGUUUUUUGAUCGAUGUAAGUAUUUCCUUUUCUACUGGCUUCCAGAUUGACUUUAUAUGAUUAUAAGCAGAAUCAUAUGAAGUACUUUGAUACUUUUUUUUAUACAUGAAUGUACAUUGAAUUGACAUAGGAUUGUCGAGUGUGUUAACGAUUACAUCUCGCAAAUCGAAUAUACGCAUAAAGCUCGCAAUGCUUAACUCGACUCUUAUUAAUCGAUUAGAUUGACACAUGAUUACAUUUACAUAAAUUUCCGGGCGAAAAUUAAGCAGUGCGAGUUUUUGUCGCACGUUAUCACGCCUGAUCCUUGUAUAGUUGUUAAACUUAAUGAUAGACGCGAGUAUGACGCGAUUCUGAAACAUUAUUAAAAUAUAUUGUGUUGUGUACAGUAAUCUUGAUUUGUGAUAUACUUUUCCAGAAUUAUGACUACUUCUUCGUAACUGCACAUCAUCGACGUUGCUGCUAACACAUGAAAUUAGAGUACUUAUUUUCUAUCAAAAAACACAACCUUGGUACCGUUCCCCUAGUUAGACUUACCGGGUAGCAGAUUAUCAAAUGGUGAAGUUUCUCUAUCAGCAAAAUCCUUAUUGACUAUACUAAAUUUUGUUACGAUUACUGUAACCCUCAUUAUCCCAUAAGUGACGCUAUAAUUACUUUCCAAUGUAGUAUAAGAGAAUCUAUUUGUAUUAUAUACAUAUAUACAUAUAUAUACUAUACGUACAUAUUAAUGAUGAUAUUGUGCACAGCUCUUUCACAUUUGCAGACGUGCGUGUAAUUAUAUCCUAAUGUAAAACGCUUCUAUUUUUUGGCCAAUCCAAGAUGAAUGUCUUCUUGAGACAGAUGUGUGCACAUGAAAGAUAAUUGAAUUUUCUGCAUAAAAUAAGGAAACUGAGAAGAAAGAAAUCCUUUAUAUAACUAUAGAUUUUAACGAUAUUAAGUCAGACGUUUAUAUGUUUUCAUUUGACAAAGCUAUAUUUAAAUUAUACUUUACAAAAAAAAAAAGAUCGUUCAAACAGAGCACUUUCAAGUAUAACAAACGCAUUGUAUAGAUCUAUAACGACAUGAAAACGCAGACACACGCAUAUAAAACAAAAAAGAUAAUUUUAAUAUAAGAUUUAUAAAAUCUUAAUGGCAAAAAUGUGAAAGGUCUGGAUUAGAAUAUAUUUGAUAUGGAAAAGUUUAUACAAUUAACAUUGUUUUACGACUUAUCUCUGUAGAUUUCUUUUGUGUGACAUAACAUUUAAGUGAUUGUGCAGUAAGUAAAAGAUCCGUGAAUAUAGUUACGACAAAAGUUUUUAAAGUUUGGACUGUGCCCAAGAGUGAAGACAGUGAGGAAAAAAAGAGAGCAAAUCUAGGAAGAGACAGAAAUCUGUUUAUUGCAAAAUGUAAAGUUUAUCGCAUCUGUGCUUUCGAUAAUGUCGACAGAAGUUUAUUUCUUUUUAAGUGAGGACUGUUUUUUUUUCUUCUAAAGGACAGUGUUUGGUGGCAUUAAAAAAGAAAGAUGAGCUCUGAACAUGUGUCCAGUGAAAUGUAAAGAAAAGUGAUUGUGCUCCGCAUCCCGGUAUGACAGAGAAGCACCUCGAACAUGUCUGAAAAAAAUAUUUUUAUAUUCAUUUCAGUCAUGAGGGAAAAAAAAAAGAGAGAAAGAGAGAAGAGGUGCGGAUCUCUGGCCAUAUUUGAAUGCGAUUGAAGGUGCAGUGGUUAAGUAUAUUUAGUGUUUGAACGGAAAAAAAUGAUGCAGUUUAUGUAGAGAAAAAAAAUUCAAAAUGUGUCAAUUUUCUUAGUACCGUUCUUCACCUAUCAAAUUCGACAGAUUCUCGGGAACUCGAUUGAAUGUUACAGUGAUGCGCGAUUCUCCAAUGAAUGGUUCUUAUUCGCGAUAUCGCGAAGAUUGAUAAUAAUAAAAAAAAAAAAAAAGCUUUCGGGGAGAUAGGGCCAAGUAAAAUCGGACAUUCACGCACAAAAUCAAUGAGAAUGUUGGCGUCGCAACUCCUCGAUCGGAAUGCAUGCAUGUGGCCGAGAAAUCAAAUUAGACUGCUUUUGAUUCGGAAGAGAGUCUCUGUAUGAAAUUCGAUCUUUUGCGUUCGUUUAAGUGAAGUUAAUCGUGCAACAAUAGUGCUGUGAUAUCAAUCAUUUAGCAAAUGACAAUCUGAAGGGGGCAGGGGGGAAAUGGGGAAAACGAUCGAAGCGCGGCAACGUAGAUCGCAUAAAUUUCAAGUGUUGUGUUAGCUAAGAAAAAAAAAAUAAUCGAUUUCUCGCGAGGGAGAGAGGAAAGUCGUGCUCGUUCGUACGCGUUGUCGCCCGAUAUGAGAAAAGGAAACAGACGGCUCGUUGUGACGUUUAGUGUUUUUUGUGGCUUUGUGAAUUCCCCUCUCAAAGGGGAAGAGAGAGAAGCAAAUAAUGAGAGGUCGCGAAUUAACUUUCCGCACGCGCGUUGUCGAAAUUAUAUUCGCCCGGAAGCGAGAGAGGGAUAAGAAUAGUUGUGUCGCCUGCGUACGUAUCGAGUACAAAAUUGUGCAUCUGGAAUUGUAGUCUCGCGGAGGGAGAACUACAGGAAUAAAAAAAAAAAAGAGAGAUGUAAGAACUGUCGGAAAAGACACAGUGGUUUGUCGGGUUAAAAUUUAAAUGCGUUCUCUCUGCGAUUCUGUGUGCGGCCAAAGUGAGUUCAGUGGUUCGCUUCCGGUUUCGUUUUGCGUCGAGUGCUGUGCUCUCCUUCCCCCCGCAGGUUUCCGUCCGCAGACUGGGUACGCCAAUGGAGACUCGUCGCGGUGUCGCUGUGUAAAGGAAAAAAGAAAACAAAAAAAUUUCUAAAGUCUGUUUCAGAAUCCGCCCAUGGAACGGAAGGCAGAUAACGCUCGCAAUCAUCUUUGAUUACUGUAUUCAGAAC